UUUUGUCCACCGGCCGCCGCCGUCCUGGAGAUUAGUCACCGGAGUGCCAGUGUAGGGAACGUGUGUUUUGGGGGCUGGCUGGCGUUGCCGGCACCAUGGAGUCCCCCUUUAGUCCGGGACUCCCCCACCGGCCGGAUGAAGAAUGGGAUUCUACCCUGUUUGCUGAACUUGGCUAUCUCACAGACACUGAUGACCUGCAGUUGGAUGCAACAAAUGAAACUUAUGAAAGCAAUUUUGAUAAUCUUGAUUUUGAUUUGGAUUUGAUGCCUUGGGAGACAGGCAUUUGGGACAUUAACAACCAGUUCUGUACAGUUAAGGAUAUUAAGAUAGAAUCUCAGCCCCUUUCCCCAGCCUGCUCAAGUUGUUCCGUGUCAUCGCCUCAGUCAGUGGACUCCUGUUCUUCAACUCAGCAUGUCCCUGAGGAGUUGGAUUUGUCAUCUCCUUCCCAGCUGUCUCCCUUUUCCUUAUAUGGUGAAAGCGCUACAGGUCCUUCCUCACUAGAGCCCCUGAAGGAAGAUAAGCCCGUCAUUGGUGCCAGGAGCAAAACUGAAAAUGGACUGACUCCAAAGAAAAAAAUCCAGAUUAAUUCAAAACCUUCAAUUCAGCCCAAGCCUUUAUUGCUUCCAGUAGCACCCAAGGCUCAAACAAACACCAGUGUUCCAGCAAAGACCAUCAUUAUUCAGACACUACCAACACUGAUGCCAUUUGCAAAGCAGCAACCAAUUAUCAGUAUACACCCUGCACCCACUAAAGCUCAGACUGUUGUGCUUUCUCAGCCUACCAUGGUACAGCUUCAGGCCCCUGGAGUUCUUCCCUGCCCUCAGCCAGUCCUGGCUGUCUCAGGGGGAACCACACAGCUACCUAAUCACGUGGUAAAUGUGGUACCGACCCCAGUGGCUAACAGCUCAGUGAAUGGAAAGCUUUCUGUGACUAAACCAGUCUUACAAAGCACCAUGAGGAGUGUGGGUUCCGAUAUUGCUGUGCUGAGGAGACAGCAGCGUAUGAUAAAAAAUCGAGAGUCAGCCUGUCAGUCCCGCAAGAAGAAAAAAGAAUACAUGCUUGGAUUAGAGGCAAGGUUAAAGGCUGCCCUGUCAGAGAAUGAGAAGCUGAAGAAAGAGAAUGGAUCCUUGAAGAAGCAGCUCGAUGAAGUUGUGUCAGAGAAUCAAAGGCUUAAAGUUCCCAGUCCAAAGCGAAGAGCUAUCUGUGUGAUGGUAGUCUUAGUAUUUGUAAUACUGAACUUUGGACCUUUGAGCAUAUUGGAACAGGAUUCCAGGAGAAUGAAUCCUAGUAUGAACCCUGCAAGUCAAAGGAGGCAUCUUCUAGGAUUUUCUGCUAAAGAGGAACAAGACACCUCGGAGGGGAUCAUCCAGAAAAACAGCUACAGAUACGAUCAUUCUGUUUCAAAUGACAAAGCCCUGAUGGUGCUAACUGAAGAACCGCUGCUCUAUAUUCCUCCACCUCCUUGUCAGCCCCUCAUCAACACCACAGAAUCUCUCAGGUUGAACCAUGAACUUCGAGGGUGGGUUCAUAGACAUGAAGUGGAAAGGACCAAGUCAAGAAGAAUGACGAAUAAUCAACAGAAAACCCGAAUUCUCCAGGGUGCUCUGGAACAGGGCUCAAAUUCUCAGCUCAUGGCAGUCCAAUACACAGAGACCACUAGUAUCAGCAGAAACUCAGGAAGUGAGCUGCAAGUAUAUUAUGCCUCACCCAGAAGUUAUCAAGACUUCUUUGAAGCCAUCCGCAGAAGGGGAGACACAUUCUAUGUGGUAUCAUUUCGAAGGGAUCACCUGCUGUUACCAGCUACCACUCAUAACAAGACCACAAGACCAAAGAUGUCAAUUGUGUUACCAGCAAUAAACAUAAAUGAGAAUGUCAUCAACGGGCAAGACUAUGAAGUGAUGAUGCAGAUCGACUGUCAGGUGAUGGACACCAGGAUCCUCCAUAUCAAAAGUUCCUCCGUCCCUCCUUACCUCCGAGAUCAGCAGAGGAAUCAAACCAGCACCUUCUUCAGCUCCCCUCCGGCAGCCACAGAGACAACCCAGGUGGUCAGCACCAUACCUGAGUCCUUACAGUGACACCCUAGGUGUGCUGGGAACUCAGGGGCACCCUGUCGCCUGGAGUGUAGGUGACAAAGCGCUUCUGUGCUUACCCGGUGGAGAGCAGGGACCCGCCUCAGAGUCCUGAGAGAAGCAGCUGCUGUUUUGCACCAGAUGCCCGUCUACUUGGAAAGCACCAGACUCUGGAUGCUGGGACAGCAUUGCCCCGGGGCACUGGACCUUGCGUCCUCCUCUUUUGCCUCAUUAGUUUCCUUCUGUACCUUUCUAAAUUGUUUUUUCUUUAUUUGUUUUUGUUUUAGUCAUCUUUCAGAUAAGACCCUCUUCCCUUCUCCGCUCCUUCAUUUAAUGAUCCAGUAAAGUGACUGGCUUACAGCUGUACAGCACAGAUGUUCAGCUAUUUCCAUGGUGGGAGUUUGCAUUAAUUUAAUGUGUACUCAUCCUAGAUUUUGUCUUUGAGAAAAGUAUUUCAAAACCAGGACUGCCAAAAGCAUCCCAAAGAGAGUUAAAACAAUUUGGAGCUUUAGGUAAAAGGAGGACUCCCCGUUGAUGAAUUGUAUCUUUCUUUACUUGGGGUUUGUAGUUCAUUGACUCUGCGUGUGAAUAAUGGGGAAGGGAUAGAGAGGAUGUUGCAGGACUUUGAGAGAAUGAGCUGGAAGAGAAGGUCAACGGUGGACCUUUUAUAGAAGAGCUAGCGCCAUCAGAACAUUUGUGUAAAACACAGAAAGCUUGUUUUGUUCAGGCUGUAAGGCAAAGCUGCAGCCACCAUUAUCUUGAGGAUGAGCCUGAGUGUCAGCACUUGUGUCUCUGCUUUCUAACCUGGUGCAGAUCUUCAAGCACCACAGGACAAAUCCUACAUUUUUAUUGUGAACCCCCCAGCCCCUCUCCCUCACCGUCUGUUACUGUGAUGCUACCGAAUUCAUCUAAGGAACUUACAACUCUAGACUUAAACAAAUGAACUUUUUUUCAUGAAAAUUCAUAACUAUUCCUUAAGACUAUGCAGACAGGCAAGCUUUGAUUCCUGCUAGGGGGAUAUGUCCCAUAACUCGGCAAUAAUAACACUUCCAAUCUCUCCAUUGAAAAGCCAGUGUAGGAAUGAAUUCUUUUGUCCUUCCAGUGUUUAAAAAAAGCUACUGUGUUUAUAUCUUAUGGUACUUUGACUACUCUCUUCUCUCCGGUGUUCUACUUUCAAUUUCUAGAGUCUUCCUUCUUCCCCUCCUGUGAAACCUCUCCAUAGAACUCAGUCUGCACACAGCCCCCCUCUCCUGAUUAGCCUUUGUCAGAGUUCUCCCCUUCCCUGCCCCUUCUAGCCCUGUCUUCCACCUUGCAAGAAAGAGAAAUUGUAUCAGCUCCUCAAGCACUAUUUGUAACUGAGUAGUUUUUUUUCUAGGGAAAUUAAGAUUCUAAUUAAUUUUGGAAACUCACUAGCACAUCUAGGUCUGGAGAGAUACCUCUGUGCCCAAGCUAACUACAUGUAUCUGAGCUUGAUUGAACUUUCAUGGGGAAGUUGGGCUCCCCUGCUCUGUUACCUGGGAAUUUGGAGUUUGAGGUGUUCAUUAGUCUUCCUCUUUGCCACAGUCCAAGCUGUUUCGGGUCAGAGCAGCAUCCCCCUUGGGUUGGAGUCUUCUGGGUGACUUUCAGACAGGAGCUCUUUACCCAGGAGACCACACUUCCUUCUAAUGGGCAUCAAGAAAUGGGCCAGCAGACUGUUGGGUCACAGAGCAGUUUCCCGGCCCCACCCCCUGGCAUGCAUGCUGUCUUGAGGAGAUGCUGUGUCCAGUUUGCAGGGGUCACUGGGUCAACUCCAAACCACUAGUCUUCUGGGACAGUUGCAGUUUCCCAGCAGAGUGAAGCGGCAUGCCUGAGGUGAGGAGGAGGCACUUCCUCCCUCGCUGCACUGAACACGCCAGAAGAGCCCAGCACAGGGGCUUCUUCUCUUUCCCCACGCUUUACGUCCUCUCCCAGCUUUUUCUGUAGUGACUCUUCAGACUGAGGGCUUCAGUCAUGCCCACCACAGUCAUGCCUCUCACGGUGACAGUGCAGUUGUGGUGGAUGAUGGGAAGGAGACAGGCAGAUUGUGCAUUUUGGGGCCAGUCCCGAAAGCCAUACUAGGAGCCUCACCUCUUUUCCCUCCUUACUGACCCUCAGCCCUCGGCAUUACCUGUUCUGAAUUGAUCUUUUCAAGAUGAGUAAACAGGAUUUUCCUCAGGAUAAACUUUUAGGAAAUGAGUGUAGGCAACUGAUAAAUACAUAGAAGUGUCGCCCUUUUAAAAUUGCUGUCAAAGCUAUUCUUACUCCCAGGCAUAGCUGUCUUUAUUUUCAUAUUUGUGUGCUAGUGCAAAGCCCUAUAGGAAACAGAGCAUUUCUAGUCCUGAUUAAUAAGUGAAGUUGGUGUUUUGGCUUAAUGUUUUGGGUGAGCUUGCCUCUUGGGAGUUGCAGCCAGGAAUUGGGAGGAAGAAUGUGUGUGUGUGUGUGUGUGUGUGUGUAUGUAAUUUUUAAUUUAUUAAGUUUUUUAAUGGGAAUUUGCAAGCUUGUAAGAAACCACACAAACUCAGAGGAGGCAAGUCUGCUCUUAUUAGGUGACUUGAGUCCUUGGGCCACCAGUAACACUCUCUUGGGAAGCAAUGGUGGAGGAUGCUGGGAACAGUUUUCCUCCUGGUUGCAAGUCCCAAGUUUUUAGUCUAAUGGAAGUGAGUGGUAUUCCCUUGUGUGAACUACUGAGUCAGAUGUCAGGAACCCUUUCUGUGAGGCUAACUGCAGGGACAGAGGUCUGUCAGGAUGGUAGUGAAGGCAGCAUCCUCCUAAAGUGAGGAUUUGUGAAAGGCUCAACCUUAAAACAAAUGUAUUGCUUGCUGUGCUUGUAUUUUAGAAACUUGACCUUUAGAUUAUCAGGUGGGGUUUAUGUUUUCACAAGUAAAAUAUCCCCCAUGAUUAUAAAAGCUCAGAGCAUCUUCUAAUUUUCUUAAUGACUACAAGCUCCAGCUCAAAGCUGGUUAUUUCCUUGCCUCUUCUUGUAAGUAGACGAGGUAUUUGAAAGCAGCAAUGUCUUAUGAGUCAUUCUUGAGUGUCCUGAAAAAACGUUACUUUGGAAAAAACAAGGAACUUGGGAUUCAAACUGACUUUUCUAUCAUUUUUAAAGGGACACUGUCCUAAUACAACCUCUCUGGCUUGUGUCCCUGGAAGUCACAGUCUUGCCAUUCUGGUAAGACACUGUUGCUGUGGCCUUCAGAGUGAUUCAAUCUGGGGAACACUCAGACUUCUGGUGACUUUUAUUUCAUUUUCUGCUUCUUGCCAUUUUACUAAGCUCAGGCUGUGAAAUCUGACAGCAAAAUAUCACGAGGGACAAACUUGUAUUUGACUUUCUAACACACUGAAAAGCUUCAAAGGGACUUAAGCUUUCAACUACCUUUAAAAAAAAAAAAAAAAAAAGGUUUACUGAAGAGCCA